GGAAGUAGCUGUGAGGACAGGGUAUCAGGAAAUGACAGAAAACCUGAAUACGGAACUGAAGCAGCAGCUCAGUGUCUCUUGCUCUGAAGUGGCAGCACAGAGAGGGAGCCCAGUGACGACGUGAAAGGCUGAGAUCUUAGAGCAGACACUCGCACUACUGGAGAUGUGGAAGUCUGUAGUAGGGCAUGAUGUAUCUGUUUCCGUGGAUACCCAGGGUGAUGACUGGGAUACAGACCCUGACUUUGUGAAUGACAUCUCUGAGAAGGAGCAACGGUGGGGAGCCAAGACCAUUGAGGGCUCUGGGCGCACAGAGCAUAUCAACAUCCACCAGCUGAGGAACAAAGUGUCAGAGGAGCAUGAUAGUCUCAAGAAGAAGGAGAUGGAAUCAGGGCCCAAAGCAUCGCAUGGGUAUGGAGGUCGAUUUGGGGUGGAAAGAGACCGCAUGGACAAGAGUGCCGUGGGCCAUGAGUAUGUUGCUGAGGUAGAGAAGCACUCUUCUCAGACUGAUGCUGCCAAAGGCUUUGGGGGCAAAUAUGGAGUUGAGAAGGACAGGGCAGACAAGUCAGCAGUUGGCUUUGAUUACAAAGGCGAAGUGGAGAAGCAUGCAUCUCAGAAAGAUUACUCUCAUGGCUUUGGAGGCCGCUAUGGGAUAGAGAAGGAUAAACGGGACAAGGCUGCUGUGGGAUAUGACUACAAAGGAGAAACAGAGAAACACGAGUCUCAGAGAGAUUAUGCCAAGGGCUUUGGUGGUCAGUAUGGAAUCCAGAAGGACCGAGUGGAUAAGAGCGCUGUUGGCUUCAAUGAAAUGGAGGCUCCAACCACAGCUUAUAAAAAGACGACACCCAUUGAAGCUGCUUCUAGUAGUGCCCGUGGGUUGAAGGCAAAAUUUGAGUCUAUGGCUGAGGAGAAGAGGAAGCGGGAGGAAGAAGAAAAGGCACAGCAGAUAGCCAGGCAGCAACAGGAGAGAAAGGCCCUGAUAAAGAUGAGCCAUGAGGCUAAGCAGCCAGUGGACACUGUGGGAGAGCCAGAAGUGCCAGCCCCGGUGCCCAAGAAAAUCUCUUCAGAGGCCUGGCCUCCAGCAGGGAGCUGUCCAUCAUCAGAGCCUGGGCCUGUGAGAACCAGUAAGGAACACCCAGUGCCUGCCCCGCCCUUGAGGCAGAAUCCCCCAGAGGAAGAAGAGCCCCCAGCUUUGCCUCCCAGGACUCUGGAAGGCCUGCAGCUGGAAGAGGAGCCAGUGUAUGAAGCAGAGCCUGAGCCUGAGCCUGAGAAUGACUAUGAGGAUGUUGGAGAAAUGGAUAGACAGGAGCAGGAUGGUGAACCAGAUGGGGACUAUGAAGAUGUGCUUGAAAUUGAGAAUCCAUCUUGUCCCUCCACUCUGGCUGAAUCAUCUAGCAACCCAGCUGGGACUGGAGCAGGGAUCUCAGCUAUCGCCUUGUAUGAUUACCAAGGAGAGGGAAGUGACGAGAUUUCCUUUGAUCCUGAUGAUAUCAUCACUGACAUUGAGAUGGUGGACGAGGGCUGGUGGCGGGGACGUUGCCAUGGCCACUUUGGACUCUUUCCUGCAAACUAUGUCAAGCUCCUUCAGUAACUGGCCCUCCCUGUCUUCUGCACUGUGACUUCCCAUGGCCAAAAUGGUUCUGCCUCCACUCAUGCCCCAUUCCUGCUACAAGAGUCAUGAGUUGCCUGAUAUUUUAGACAGACUUUCCUCUCCCUCUCCACUAGGGGUUGGGGCAGAGACAGCGUGAGGAAGGGGUCUCCUUCCACUCAGUGUCCUCUCUAUCUGAGAUGAGCUCAUGGACGUUUAUCUUGUGGUCCUUCCUCCUUCCCCAUGAAUGCUUCCUCCAAUACCCCAAGUGCUUCCUUUCUCUGUUUGUGAGCUCUGAGCCUCCUGGUUUGCUUACAUGGGAAGGUACAUCUAAAUUGCCUGGUUUGCCUGGCUGUGCUAUUAACCCACUCUAUGUUUCUGCAGAGAUUUUUUUCUUAAAUCUUCUCUCUGUUCAGUCUUAAAUCAGAAAUAAAAUGGGACUAUGAUUCAUUUCUUUGAUGAGGUAAAUAGUACUUUUUAUGCAGCCCUCAGUGCCUCUACUCUCACGGCUCCAAUUCUUCCCUCUUUCAGGCAUAUCUAUAAGGCUUCCUCUUGUCUGCCCUGUACCCUGGAUAUCAAGGGUUGGGCUUUUUCCUUAGACUGUAUUUAAACCCAAUCCAAAACACAAUGACCUGGAAAAUGGCAGUAAGAUAGGGUGACGGGGGCCAAAAAGAGUCCACAGUAAAGCAGUUCAACUUUUUGGCUUUAGCAGUUAUAAGAGGCUCUCCACUUUCUUCCUAGGAAUAAUAACUACAUUCUUUUAGGACAUGACUCUUGAAGAAGAAACCUAAAUUGUGGGAUUGAAAGGAGGAAAAGGGAGAUUUGGCCAAUAAAAAGAGACCAAAGCUAAAGGACCACAGACUCCAAUAAGGUGUUAAAAGGAUUUAGGGUCAGAGACAGUGGCCUCUACUAGAGAACGUUCAGGCUCCCUUGUAGCUAGUUGACUGAAAUUGAUAACCAAGUAGAAGGCAGAGGAAACUUAAGAACAUUCUAUAUGGUCCAGGGCCAAGGCUGAUAAGAAAAGAGGUGAAUCCAUUUUGGAUAGCUAGUGGUAGACAAAAAGCAAAUCACCAAAUGAUAGGGUUGAGAAAGAAUGAGAAGCCCCAGCCCACUGGGUUCAGCGAGGUCUGAUAGGAGAUCAUGGGCAAAAUCAGAAUAAAAGUCAGGGAUUUGGAGCAAAGAUAAAGAAAACAGUGGGAUCAAGGGGGAGCUAGGAUUAGUGAUUGAGAUCCAGAAUUGCUCUAGGACUUUGUAAAGUUAGUGAGCUCCUCACAUGACUAGAGCACUGCAUCCCUCAGGCUGGUCCUUGGUUUUUCUUUAGGACAUACACUCCUUUGUUUCCACAAUGACCCGUGUGCCAGGGAUUCACAAAUCUGUCUUUAGACCUAACUUACAAGACUCACCCAGGUAGCCAUCCAGAUUGCAAAACAGCUUUUAUUUCUGCUUUUACAGACAUUGAGAUUUCCAGCAUCCAGAGGCAAGUCUUCAGAGAUAUACACAAUCUCAUCCUUCACUUCAGUUUGACUUGAUAUCACACAGAGACCAGACUCUCAAAGUGGUUUUCCGGUUACAUCUCCAAGCCCCACAUUGCUUUUCAAUUUUCCUUUCAUUAUUAGACAGAAACUUCCUUUCUGUUUCAGUGCUACAGACUUCGCCCUCCACAUCUGACUGAUCUCUACUCUGGAUUACAUUCUUGGUGGUGCUACUCAUUAAGGGUCUGUUCAUAGACACCACCCUGUCCAAUCUCCUGUCCCUAUUCCUUUUCACUCCCCCUCAGCUUCUUCUUAAUCUGAGGCCAUGUCUAGCUGUCUUGCCUCUGUCAGGUAAUUCUGGAGCUCAUGCUACUCACCACGGCCUCAUCUCAUGAAUUCAGUCAUUUUUCUGUCUGAUCUACAGUCUCUCUAAGAGGCUUCCUUUUUGCUCCCACUGCCUUCUCACCAUAAAAUGUGCUUGUUUGUGUAGACCUGUCGACACCUGUAGUAUCCUGGUUUCCUGCAACAUAUUCAAUUAAAUAUCUUAACAAAUGUGUUUGAUGAUGCUGAUCAAUAUUGCUCCAAAGGCAACAACUAGGUAAAUAAAGAACUGCAAGUGUGCAGUCCACAGAGCCAUACGGGCAGUCUCCUGGCUGUUCUGUGGAACCUGCCCUGCCCAGGUAGUAAAGGAAAAUA